GUGUCUGAUACCCUUUAUUAGUUAGGAAUUUCUGAAAAUGAACUUCCGUGCAAACCUGAAGCUUCAAUACAUGUGUUUUAAAAAGCAGUGCUUAUUGAAUUGAUAAACAAAAGGGAAACUGGCAAUAUCGACGUGCUCACCUCACAAAUCUGAUAACAGUAUCUCUACACUGCCGUUCUUUAAACAUCAUUAAAAGGUAUUGUGAAUAGUUUAAAUAUUAAAAAUGUGGAAUAUAAGAACGAUUCUAUAUAUUUGAACACACAUUUAUGUUCAAAUAUUCAUAUGAAUAAAAAUGCUUAAAACUACCCCUUGGGUAACUAAGUAUAACAACAUAAACUUGCGAUUGCAAAUUUUAUAGCUCUUACUACAAAACAAAAAUUAGAAUGGAACGACCACUUAUCUUUAGAGAACAAGCAUUAGCUUGUCUUCUAACAGCAUAACAAUACACGUAUUUAUUUCUCCGUGCUUUCAAAGGCAUCAACAGAAGGGAAUCACUAAAAAUGUAGAGGAAAAGAAAUACUCGGCUGGAGCUUUGGUUUCUAAGCAGAUCCUUCUGGAAAGACGCUUAGGGAGAGUCUAGGGAGCAGCUCUGACGUCAGUAGCUACCAUCGGAAGUCAGGUCCUGUUCUACAAAAAGCAGUGACGCACGCCUGACAACACCCGCGGGGCAGGACAGCGGCUUCAUCAGCCCCGCGGGUCCGAAUCGCACGCGGCCGGGUCCGCUCUCCCGGGAGGAGAGCCCGGCGUGGACCAGCGUGACGGGCCCAGCGUGCUGCGGCCUCUCCCCGAGGGUCCCUCCACAACGGUCCCUGCAUGGGCCAGGCUUGGCCGUUGCCACUCGGAACAGCCAUCCCCUCGAGUUCUCGCUCGCCGUCCCUGCCUUUACCUCCCGGGUUGGGAGGCGGGCGACUGCGCGCGAGGUAAAGGAACUUGCGUUCCCCGGCGCCGAGGCGGCAGCAGCGCCGUGCACAGCGGCUUCUGAGGGCUGCGUCGACGGGGAGCUGCGUGUGGCUCCCGGUUUCCUGGUUACGUGCGCGCCGGCAGAGCCAAAACCUGCGGCCAAACCUCCCGCUUCUCCGGAAGGAUUGAAAGGCGGGUGCACUACCGGGAGACGUGUCAAACUCAGCGCGCCUCAUGGCGGCCGCGGAGCCCCGCCCACCCCACUCCAGUCCUCCCACGCCUAUUGACUCACCCUGCGCACGCGCGCUGAGGCUCCGUGGGGCCGCCGUGGGCCCCGCCCCGAGGUGGGAGGGCCUGACGCAUCCACAGCUGGCCAAUCGGCGGAUGGCCUCGCGCGCCCGCCCCCUCCUCCUGCCCCCGGCGCCGGGCUCCACGUGCUAGUGUUUGUGUACGUGCGGCCGUGGCGGGGCUGGACAGGGUCCAGGUCGCUGGGGAUUAGGCUGCUCGGGCGUAACCGGAGCUGGGGCGCGGCUGCCAAGGGCCGGCCCGCAAGUCCCAGCGGUCUUUAAAUUCUCCCGUGCUAGGGCCGGCCUGCGCACUCUUACCUGGCGGGGUGCGGCGAGUGUCCCACCGCUCUGCAUUUCCAAGGACUCUUGUCAUCUGCCUUAGGCGGGAAAUGCUGUUGCUGGAUUGCAACCCCGAGGUGGAUGGUCUGAAGCAUUUGCUGGAGACAGGGGCCUCCGUCAACGCACCCCCGGAUCCCUGCGAGCAGUCGCCUGUCCACUUAGCCGCAGGAAGCGGCCUUGCUUGCUUUCUUCUCUGGCAGCUGCAAACGGGCGCUGACCUCAACCAGCAGGAUGUUUUAGGAGAAGCUCCACUACACAAGGCAGCAAAAGUUGGAAGCCUGGAGUGCCUAAGCCUGCUUAUAGCCAGUGAUGCCCAAAUUGAUUUAUGUAAUAAGAACGGGCAAACAGCUGAAGAUCUCGCUUGGUCAUGUGGGUUUCCAGACUGUGCCAAGUUUCUCACAACAAUUAAAUGUAUGCAGACAAUAAAAGCAAGCGAACACUCUGAUGGGAAUGAUUGUGUUCCUGUGCUCAGACAGAAACGAAGUUUUGGAAGUGUAGAAAAUAUCAGUGGGAAAAGGAAGUGUUGAUGUCAAGUGCGUUAUGAAGAAUUCUGAAGAACGCCUUCAUUUCAUGCAGAUCUAUAAGCUCCUGCUUUUGGCUUUACCAUAUGUUGUGUCUAAACUCCUUCUGAGAAGGAGGGAAAACUUUCUUCCAAGUGAAGAUCCAUUUAAGAACACAGGUAUUUACAUGCCUAUAAUAUGCUGGUUGUGUAUGCUUUGUCUUUUAAGUUAUUAAAGGAAUGUCUAAAAAAUA